CGCGACUCAUAACGUGAUAAUCGGGCAGCCGGCCGAACUGCAAAACGCCGAAACAUUCGGAAAAUCAUUUUUAGUGGAAAAAUUUAAUUGAAACCAAUUUUUAAGACUUGAGCUGUUCUGGAAGCCAAUAAUUAACUACAUUGUCAUUGCUGCGGGCAUAAUUUGUUAGUCGGAGACAGCCAAAAUGCAAGUUUUCGAUAAUACUAUGCGCCGUGCAUCACGACGCGCCUCCCUGCGUCGCGGCUCCAUUUCAGUGCUGCCACAAAAGUCUGCCGAAAUUCCAUGGGACAUUCUGGAGCGUCUAUUCAUGCCAUUCCUGUUCUGCCAUGCCGCUGCAUUGAUAAUCUCAACUCUACUGCAUGCGCUGGACAUUUCGCAUGUUUCUACAUUUGCGGUGUUUGUUUGGUUUGCGUUGUCGACAAUUGGAGCGGUGCUCUUCUAUCAUUUCGUUAAGGUAAUGAGAUAA